UUAACACAGGCUGCGCUAGAAGUAGACAUAAUGUGGAGGAAGUCUCACCUGUUUUAACGGAGCUGGGUGGGAGUGGGAGCACUGUGGCUUCCUCGUUUAGUCAUUUGUUGAACGCUGGAUCUCACCCAUCCAUCCAGACACCACACAAGGGAUGUGGAGACCCCAGAAAACAGGGCUCUUUGACAUUCUUUCAUUGCCGCUCGUCGUGGCAGUGAUGUGCUGUGCCCAGAGCGUCAACGAACCGGGGAACAUGUCCUACGUCAAAGAGACCGUGGAUAAACUGUUGAAAGGUUAUGAUAUUCGUCUUCGGCCAGACUUCGGAGGUCCACCGGUUGCUGUUGGCAUGAGUAUAGACGUGGCGAGUAUAGACAUGGUGUCAGAAGUCAAUAUGGACUACACGUUGACUAUGUACUUCCAGCAGUAUUGGAGAGAUAAGAGGCUGGCCUAUGCAGGGAUCCCUCUCAACCUGACACUGGAUAACAGAGUAGCAGACCAGCUCUGGGUCCCAGACACCUACUUCCUCAAUGACAAGAAGUCCUUUGUUCAUGGUGUCACUGUUAAGAACCGCAUGAUUCGACUGCACCCGGAUGGCACUGUUCUCUACGGCCUCAGAAUCACGACGACAGCUGCCUGCAUGAUGGAUCUGAGGAGAUACCCGCUGGACGAACAGAACUGCACUCUGGAAAUUGAGAGUUAUGGUUAUACAACAGAUGAUAUAGAGUUCUACUGGAAAGGAGGAGACACUGCUGUGACCGGAGUGACGCGAAUCGAGCUCCCUCAGUUCUCCAUAGUCGACUACAAACUGGUUUCCAGGAACGUGGUCUUUUCCACAGGUGCCUACCCUCGACUCUCUCUGAGCUUCAAGCUGAAGCGAAACAUCGGUUACUUCAUCCUGCAGACGUACAUGCCCUCCAUCCUCAUCACCAUCCUAUCCUGGGUGUCGUUCUGGAUAAAUUAUGAUGCCUCUGCUGCCAGAGUUGCAUUAGGGAUCACCACUGUCCUGACCAUGACAACUAUCAACACCCAUUUAAGAGAGACAUUGCCCAAGAUCCCCUACGUCAAAGCUAUAGACAUGUACCUGAUGGGCUGCUUUGUGUUUGUCUUCCUGGCUUUGCUGGAAUAUGCCUUCGUCAACUACAUCUUCUUUGGAAGAGGUCCUCAGAUGCAGAAGAAAUUGGCGGAGAAGGCACAGAAGGCAAACAAUGACCGGGAAAAAUUUGAUAGACCCAAGUCCGCCCUGGAAGGAGGCAAUUGCAAGUCUUCAUCAAUUAAACAGUCCAAUCAGGUACAAGGGCGUCGUCACUCACAACGGGUCGACUCCCAUGGGAACAUUUUGCUGACAACCUUGGAGAUCCACAACGAAGUAGGCGGGAAUGAGAUCACAACCACCGUGAGCGAGACCCACAACUCUUCCUCUAUGGUGUUCGAUAACUCGGGCGUUCAGUACAGGAAGCCGAGCGCUCCGCGAGAGCCAGAACGUCUCAGCAUGGACAGGAACGCACAUCUAAAGAAAACCCGUCUGCGGAGACGAUCCUCACAGCUCAAAAUCAAAAUCCCAGACCUCACCGAUGUGAACGCCAUCGACAGAUGGUCACGGAUAAUAUUCCCCUUCACCUUCUCCCUCUUCAACUUAAUCUACUGGCUUUACUACGUCAACUAAUGCACUAAUGUUUUUUUUUUAACCCUUUUCUGCUUUUGUUUUUGAAUACAUGAACACUUCUCAGUGUAAGGAACAAAAUAUGGUAAAUUCCUUAUGAACUUUUUUUAUCAUCGGAAUGCACACCAGGACUUUGACUCACACUGUGUGCAUCUGUAUUUGCGCAGUCACACGGAAGUCUACAGUACAUGUAUCUUACACAGACUUUCAUGUACUGUAAAACAUUGUGUCUCAUGGGAAGAGCCAAAGACUCUUUGCAGUGUUUACGGGGCACUGCUUUAGGUCAGUUAUUAUAACUGUACUACAAAAGUAUAAAAUGUGGUCACUGUAAUACAACUUACUGCUGAUUAAUGACACAACAACUGAUAAAAAUACAUAGAACUGCUACAUCUCUAGCUAAUCCACACAUGGGCAGAUAUGAUCAUAUAAACACAAGACUCCAAGUUUAUGAUCUGGAAAUAACUUGUAAUGAAACCAGAGUUAAAGAAAUUGCAUUUUAAUUGUGUUUUCUUUCUUGCCAAGAGUUAAAUGAGGAACUAUCACUCUGAUGCAUGAACACUAAAUUUGAAGUGCUAGCCAGCAGCCGGUUAGCUUAGCUUAGCACAAAGGCUGGAAGCCGUCUAAACUGUGCAAGGAUGUCAAAAAGUAACUUUGAUUUUAAAGUAACUUUGAUUUUUUAUAAAACAGGCAGAGGCUGAUGGAAUCCAUACCAGCAUUUUAUAGAACUGUUAUUCUGUCAUUCACUGCUGUUCUUUAAGGAUAUUUUUGACAUUUUGACUUGGGAAGUAUGCUUGUUUGCUUUCUUGCUGAGAUUUAGUCAAAACUACUCAGUCAGUUGUCUUAGCCUAGCAUAAAGACUGGAAACAGGGAGAAACACUGAGCCUGGUUGUGGUUAAAGGUGAACAUGAUAUAACGAUAAGCAACAGAAAUGUAAAAAUGAGAUGUGUUUUUAUAGGGAGUUCCGUGCGGUAACAAUUUCUUGGCCAGUCAUAGUGAUUACCACAAAUGGCCAGUUUUACAUUUGUGUGUGUGUGUACAGAUUAAAUAAAGAAGACUGUACAUGUUAAUGAGUGAGCUUUAGAGGAAGGUAAACUGUGUUAACUUUGGACAGAGCCAGGCUAGCUGUUUCCCUCAGUUUCCAGGCUUUAUGCUAAGCUAGGCUAAAUGGGGCUGGCUUAUUUAGUGCAGAGAGUGGUAUCAAUGUUUUCAUAUCACUCUCAACCUGAAAGUGAAUAACAUUAUUUACCAAAAUAUCAAAUUAGCUCUUUUUCAUUUGCAGUUACUCGUGCUAUUGCUUAAGCAUGCCAUAUGGUCAGCAACAAAUGGACAGUUUGUGUCAAUUUAUGUCAGAUGUCAGUAGAGAAGAAAGGUUCCCAGGUCUUACAGCGAACUUGUACAAUAUCUGAUGAGUUUACACUAUUUCACUCUUGUCAUUUUGCUUUCAGGACUAGUGUCACAAUAUUUUGUUGAUUUUGUGAAACAUUCAAUACAGCAUAAUUCACAUGGCCUUGUUUGUUUCGGACUGCAUGUUUUAUUGGGGUGUGGACUCGUAUUUGCAGACAUCUCGUGUCAGAUUUCAGUCAACCUUCACAUUCAGAUUUGUCGAUCCUCCAUGAAAUGUAAUGUACAUACUGUAACUCUUGAUCAUUUUCUUUCAGUUCACAUUAAUUACAUACCGUUGUUGUCAACAGUGUUUUGCUCAGUGAUUUCUGGCCUCGCUGUUUUGUUUUGUUAGACUUUGCACAACAGUAUAAUUUCCCAUUUGUGUUGUAAAUAUAAAACACAGUAUCACAG